AUGUUCACCAACCACAUGAUGGAAAGCAUCACCAAUCAUGUUGACAUUCCCGAUUUACUCCCAAGUACCCUCAGUAGUUUAUUAUCUUACAUCUACACAGACACUGUGCCAGAACUGCAUGGGGACAAUGCGAUGGAUUUGUACAGAGCUGCGGAUAAGUAUGAACUUUUAACUCUCAGAGAUCAAUGUUCGGCUGUCUUAAAAGCAAAUUUUUCUGUGUCCAGUGUUUGUAACAUUCUGAUUCUUGCACAUAUGCACCAUGACGAAGAAUUGAUAAGAUCUGUACACUCUUUCAUUUUUAAACACGAUGAUGAUAUUUUGAAUUCAAAAUUGUGGAAGCAAUUUAAGAUUGAAAAUCCUUCUCUAGCUACUGAAACUAUGGAAGGUAUUUUUUAUAUGAUAAAACGAACCAAAAGUAAGUGA